GUGGGACAACACCUCCACGAUGAACUUGAACAUGCUUUGUCGUAGAAAACUCUUCGGUUAACUCAGCCGUGAAGACGAAACAAUCAUCAUGUGGAGAGUUCACGGUUUUGUCGGAAGAGUUCUGCAUCGUUGCCAUGGCAGUGUCCCCCUUCGACUGACCCAGAACCACCAUGUUGAGGACGAGGUCAUCAACAACUCGACUCUCCUCUCCACCUCACGGCACUCCUCCGACAGCAAUUCUCAGAAAGAGGAGGAUGGAGAGAGGAGGAAGAAUCACAGAACCUUUCAGUUUGGCUUUGCCGAGCUUCCUCGUUACACAGCCCUGGAUGCUGUGGGAUGGGGAACUGCAGCAGUUCUGUUCAUGCAGGUCUGCAGGAGGAUUCACUCUAAGCUCUCCUCAAGCACUGAGCUGAGUCCGACCCCUGCAGCCCUGCCAGCACCCACCACCCUGCACAAGUAUGGCUGCCGCAUCCUGCUCGGGACCUUGUCUAGACGGGAUGUACUGCCCAGAGGAAGGAGUGUGUCAUGUCUGCCAGAGAGACAGAUCCAAGAUCAGUCUGUUGCUCAAAAUAACGGCAGCAGGGGUUCAGGUGAUGCCAGUCUUCACAGCAGCGGUGAGGAGGACCAUCUGACUGUUGACUUCUCCGACCCAGACCAACAGAGGGCGCUCUUAGACCAGGAAUCUCCUAUACCAGAGGAAUCACUUCUGUCCGGAUCCUGUCCUCUGCAGAAUGAUGCCAGCCAUAACGACACAGGGACACAAGAUGCUAAUGACAAGACGGUGUUGUCUGAUGAGGAGAGGAUGACAGGAGCAGCAAUGAACCUCAGACAUGUUGGAGAAACCAGCAUUCCUGUCAUCCUUAACAUCAUGGGUCUAGAGAGUGCCAAGAGUGAGAACUACGAACAAGCUUUCAUAUGUUUUGUAGCUGCAGCUCAGCAGGGUUACAACAAGGCUCAGUUUAACACAGGUGUGUGCUACGAGAAAGGCCGAGGAGUCACUGAGGACAAAGAGAAAGCUCUCUAUUACUACCAGCAGGCAGCAACCGGGGGUCACAAACAGGCUAAGUACCGCUAUGCAAAACUGCUUCUGACCAGCAGUGGGCACCCGGGAUUAGAGGAGCUAAACAAUGCCAUUGACUUCCUGGAACAGGCUGCUGCAGCUGGAUUCACCAAGGCUCAGGUGUGCCUGGCCUCGGUUUACUCUCAGGAGCCUGUAAGAGACGGCCGCAAGUCUGCACAGUACCUGAAGAUGGCAGCAGAGAGCGGAGACCACAGUGCCCUGCUGUUCUUGGGUCAGUGUUAUGAGAGCGGCUUUGGGGUGCAGCAGAAUCUGAGGACAGCGCUUCAAUACUACAAACAAGCAGCACAAUUAGGCAACAAGCAGGCUAAGAGCUUACUGACGCCUCCUACUGACACAGACAGUAAGGCAGAAGAUGCAACGUUGCGCUCCAUCCGUUCAGCUCCAUGUUUCUCUGUAGCCAGCCGUGGAGUCCAGCAUCCCUACUUAUCUCUGGCCAGUUGUGUCGACCCCUCCGCCUGUCACCCUGUCACACCUCCCGUCUUGCCUCACUCCUGGAGCACUGGGAGCCUGUGUACCCCCUCAGCACUUUCCUCCCCACCUCUACCCCUCCACCACAGUAGGAGUGAGGGAGGAGCCUGCCAGUGGACUGUCGGGAUAGGAUAGUUCUCUCCUGAGCCGGAACAGGUCAAACAGGAAUGUAUUUUGACUGUGAAUUUGAAAAAAACAAAACGGAUAACUGAAGUCAAGGAUGCGCACUUAUGAUGUCUGGAUUAGAAUAUAUUUUUUACUUAAAGUGUGUCUGUGAGUUCAGCCAUGUGGCUAUGUUGAAGAGUUUUUAUAAGUGUAAGGCAGUUGUAAGAUAAAAAGUCAGAAUUGUAUUUCUAGAGGGUCAUUCUUAAGCUUUCCUGUUUGUUUUUAUACACUACAUUGUUUACCCUUGUGCCUUUUGACAUGAUGAAAUAGUUCUCUGGUAGCUGCUCAAUUCUCUCACCUACUAAGUAGGGAUUAAUGACAUACAGUAGAAGGUGUAUAAUAUUUUUUUCCCCCAUGCAUUAUGUUUCUUUCACUUCUUGAACUGCCAAUUUGCAGCAUAACUGACAUAACUAACCUAUUAUCAUAGAGUAAUAAUGUUAUACUAAAGUGCUGUCUGUCAUUUUAAAGCAGCUUCAGAGGAGAAAAGGGGAAAUUAAUGAUUUGUGAAAGUCAUGCCUGUAUUUUAUAGCUACCAAAGAUUAUUAUGUUGCACUAUAAGGACGAUGUUUUACUGUUUAACGCACAUGCUAAGGAAAAAAUAAAAAUAAUGAUUCUUCAAUUCA